AGGGAUCGAACCCGUGUCAUUUGGAUCUGCUGCAUUGGCAGGUGGAUUCUUUACCACUGUGCCACCUGGGAAACUGAAUUAUAGGAAUAUGGGAAAGUAAUCAUAGAUUGAUUUAGUGACUGGAAACUGAAAUUCAUUAGAAAUGGAAGCAUUAAACAUAAUCUCAGAAUGCGUUAUAUAUAUGGGAAGUUAAUUUAGGAGAUUCAGCUUUACAGCAGUAGAGAAUCUCUUCACAACAUCUCUCAAAUGGUGUUGCUGUUGCUGGAAGGACUAGUCUUAAGAAACUCACUCCCUUGGGGCAGUGUAUCUACUGGGAAAAGUCAAAAGUCAAAUUUGAUUGUACAAAAAUAGUUGUACUCCAUGAUAAUUUGAGCUGACUCUUUUUAACCCUUAGUCCUAGUUGUGCUUCCUAAUGCAAAUGCUAGUCUACAUCCAUUAAUUCUGUAUUUCAGGCAAAUGAUACUGAUGGGCUGUGUGGCAUUUGCACAUCACGUUGGACCCACACGUGUUGAUGCUGAACUUUUACCACAGUGUUGGGAACAGGUCAAUAGCUGUAUUGGGUUUUCUCUAGCUGUUAUAAAAGAGAUCCGUAGCUCCUUGGUUCUUUCAAUGUUGCAACAAAUGUCAAUGGAAGACAAGGCAGAUUCGGUAAGAGAAGCUGUGAUCAAAAGCCUUGGUAUCAUUAUGGGAUACAUUGAUGACCCAGACAAAUAUCAGCAGGGUUUUGAACUGUUGCUGUCAGCCUUGCGUGAUCCCUCAGAAAUAGUCGUUAGUGCCACACAUCAAGUAUUUUUACCAGCCUAUGCUGCCUGGACUACAGAACUUGGAAAUUUACAGUCUCACCUAAUACCCACAUUGCUGAACAAGAUUGAAAAAUUUCUCAGGGAAGGUGAGCACGGGCUGGAUGAACAUAAGCUCCACAUGUAUCUGUCUGCCUUGCAGUCCUUGAUCCCAUCUCUCUUUGCAUUAGUGCUACAGAAUGCACCCUUCUCCAGCAAAGCCAAGCUUCAUGGUGACGUGCCACAGAUAGAAGUGACUGGGUUCCCUUGGCCUGUGUCACCUCUUCAAGAUGUAUCUACUAUUAUUGGAAGUCAUGAGCAACUGGCAUUGCUACUACAGCUUUAUGACUGCCGGCUGGAACACGAGGGUACAACCGGCUGGGAGACUUUACUGUGGGUUGUCAGUCAGCUGUUACCACAGCUUAUAGAAAUAGUUGGCAAAAUUAAUGUCACUUCAACUGCCUGUGUCCAUGAAUUCUCCAGAUUUUUCUGGCGCCUUUGCCGGACAUUUGGCCAAAUUUUUACAAACACUAAGGUAAAAACUUGUAUUUCAUAUUUUCUUAUAUGCAAGACAUAUAAAAACUUAGAUUCCUCAGCAGGAAAUGGGGUCCUCACUAAAGCUACUGUCCCCAUUUACGCAACAGGAGUCCUUACGUGUUAUAUUCAGGAAGAAGACCGAAAGCUGUUGAUUGGAUUCUUAGAAGAUGUAAUGACCUUGCUUUCAUUAUCUCAUGCUCCUCUUGAUAGCCUGAAAGCUUCUUUUGUGGAACUGGGUGCAAACCCAGCUUACCAUGAGUUACUGCUAACUGUGCUAUGGUAUGGCGUUGUCCACACGUCAGCACUCGUGAGGUGUACUGCUGCUAGAAUGUUCGAGCUGUUGGUGAAGGGGGUGAAUGAAAGUCUGGUAGCUCAGAGGGUUGUUCCUGCUCUCAUAACUCUCUCCAGUGACCCCGAAAUCUCUGUCAGGAUUGCUACAAUUCCAGCCUUUGGCACGAUUAUGGAAACAGUUAUUCAAAGAGAGUUGCUGGAAAGAGUGAAAAUGCAGUUGGCUUCUUUCCUGGAAGACCCUCAAUAUCAAGACCAAUAUUCUCUGCAUACAGAGAUCAUAAAAACAUUUGGUAGAGUUGGGCCUAAUGCAGAACCACGGUUCCGAGAUGAGUUUGUUAUACCGCAUCUGCAUAAGUUAGCCUUGGUGAACAACUUACAAAUUGUGGAUUCUAAAAGACUGGAUAUUGCCACCCAUCUCUUUGAAGCCUACAGUGCACUUUCCUGUUGCUUCAUUUCAGAAGAUUUAAUGGUUAAUCACUUUUUACCUGGUCUCAGAUGUUUACGAAUCGACAUGGAACAUCUUUCUCCAGAGCACGAAGUUAUUUUAACUUCCAUGAUAAAAGAAUGUGAACAAAAAGUAGAGAACAAGACCGUCCAAGAGCCUCAAGGCUCAAUGUCAAUUGCUGCAAGCUUAGUGAGUGAAGAUACGAAGACCAAGUUCUUGAACAAAAUGGGUCAGCUGACAACAUCAGGUGCCAUGCUGGCCAACGUGUUUCAGAGGAAGAAGUGAGAGUGGGAAGGGAGCCCCCAGUAAACACUAAGAUGGACCUCAAGCAGACUGGUUCCUUGUACUUGAAGUACUUGCCUUUUUUAUUUCUUUGGUUUUUGUUCUUGCAUUAUAAUUUUAUCUUAACCUCCAAAGAUACUUGCACUGCUUUUGAUUAUUGCUGUGUAUCUGUUAAUUUUGGAGUUCCAACUGUGGUGAUUAAAAAGAAACUGAGUUGAUAGUCUGUACCAAGUCCCCCCUCUAUGUUCUUGUCUUUCAGAAUAUUUUUUUUAUAUAUUAUCUAUAUAUAUAGUGAAGAGGUUUUUUUUUAAUUUUUGGAUGGGAUAUUAGCAAAUACUUGUAUGAUACACUAAGCUAUUACAAUGGUACUUAAAAUAAUGUAAAUUUGAAGUCAUUGUUAUAAAGUAAUGAAAAUGGAGAUGAGUUAAGUAUUUAAAUUAUGAAAGAAUGACGCAGACUUUGUACUGUCUCUUAGCUGUUUGACUGGAAAGAGCCACCAGCAUUAUUCGUGCCUUUGGACUUCAGUGUGUGUGUCUGUAGGAGCUGAGUGCGUCCCGUUCACACAGGAUUCACAAUACUGUGAUGAGUCUGGGUUACGAGUCCUACAGUCGACAGAUAAUACUGUAACUGUCAGCAUUUCCGCGCUCUCAUGAAUGUUCUUUCAGUGCUCUUUAAAUCCCCCAUCACUCCUAUGAAUAUAGUGGGCUCGCCUGAGGACAGGGAACACGCAGCGCAUGGGGAGUGGUGACCACGGCGACGUCCACAGACUGGCGUGGAGCGGGUUCAAACUCUCAGACCAAACGUCAGUGAGAAGAGCUAGUGAUUGCGACAGGAAAUACAGAAGAAAGUAUGGUUCGGACCUAAAUGUUAAUGCUUGUUUACAUAAAACAUUCUAUUUAAGGUGAUAAAUUUUCUGAUGAAUUUUAAUUUCAGAGAUUAUCUUUUUACCCCAUGUGUUACAGAGAGGUACAGAAAAGUUCAGGACAUUUGGGGGCUGCGUUUUUCCCUCUAGACAAAAAAUGACAUUGGCUUACUCACUAAUAGGUCACAGUCAUCACCUGUCUCUUAAAGUCAGUGACUGUUCUUGUGUUUGAUAUAUAUUACAUAGAGUCUUAAGUCAGUGUACAGUUCCACUGGAAUUUGACAAUUGUCUGUCAAGUGACGCAACUUGAAGUAGAAAAGAGUGAUCCUGGACAUAGAAGGGAGGUGGUUGGCUUAAGGGUUUAAUGUGAGGCCUUUUUGAAAAAUGCAUAUUUUGGUAAAGAGAAUUCUCUUUUGAGCACAGCUGAUACACAUGGGUGAUUGUCACGUUUGUUGUAUAAACUGGUUUUAAUACGCUUGGAAUAUAGUUGGAUUACAUUCACUUCCUGGGCAAAGCUAGCUUACCACACAUUCAAGCUUAUAAAAAAUAAAUUGCCAUAGGCAGAGCCAUUUAAAAAGUUUAUUCUGAAAUUAUUUCUUUAACCUACAGUGAAAUAAUUGUUAGCUAGUCUUUAUGGAAACUGUUGGAUUCUAGGCAUUCCUGAGAAAUUGAAAGUGGCUUCCUUUCAUGUCAAAAAUGUUGAUGUAUUAUAAAUAAAAUGUUUUUGCAUACUUGUUUUGGUUUUGAUUUUGGCUAUGUGUAUUUAUUUUCAUUUUGAAACACUAUAUCCUCCAGCCAAGCAAAAUGAAAUGAGAAACUGUAUAUUCACUUAAAUAUAUUUUAAUUUAGGAAUAUAAUCUCUAUAAAUUACCUCUUCUAGUUUACUUUUAUUUAAAAAGCAUUGUGUUGUAUAAAAUGAAAACAUUUCUGAGAUGAUUUAAAGAAAAAAUGUUUAAAUUCUCAUUUGCUUUGAACCAUAGUAACAUUAGUAUGUUUGUUACCUGGUGAAUAAAUAUAAUGUAUUUUUAA